AUUUCUUCUAACAAGUUCCAAGCGGGUUCCUUUAUUCUACAAGGACACCGAUCCCUUCUCUCUAUCUUCUCUAUCUCCCUGUAUAUAUACACACAAUUGAACAAACAGAACCCUAACAACGUACACAUUAAAAAUCGGACAAGUUGAUCAUCAUCUGUAUCGUAAUAAUGGGUCACGGUGACAAAGGCCGACCUAGCAAAAAGCAUAAAUCUUCAAACAAGGACGAAAAUAGGGCCACAGUAAUAGAUGAUGAAGACGCUUACUAUGGGGAAGAUUUAUAUGAUGAGAAUCGAGAUGGUGAAGGAAAGAAGAGAGAUUUCACUAUGCUAGAACUUAAACCUGAUCAUGAGGAUCGGCCUUUAUGGGCUUGCGCUGAUGGUCGAAUCUUCCUCGAAACUUUCUCUAAUCUAUACAAACAAGCUUAUGAUUUCCUUAUUGCCAUUGCUGAACCUGUUUGCAGGCCUGAGUCCAUGCACGAAUACAACCUGACUCCUCACUCAUUGUACGCGGCGGUGUCAAUUGGUCUUGAAACUAAAACCAUUGUAGGUGUUUUGAAUAUGUUGUCAAAGACCAAGGUCCCGAAAGAGAUGAUUGAUUUCAUACAUGCUUCUACAGCGAAUUAUGGGAAAGUUAAGCUUGUACUUAAGAAGAACCGGUACUUCGUUGAAUCCCCAUUCCCAGAGGUACUGAAGAAAUUACUCAAGGAUGAAGCUAUAUCUCGAGCUAGGAUUGCUCCUGAGGGGCUACAUGGAAGUGAUGGUUUCACAAUUAGCAAAUCACUAGGUGAAAUUGAAGGUGGGCACGAUGAGUUGCUAAAAGAAGCAGAAUUGGCCGCUGCAGCUGAAGAAAAAGAAAUUCAUUCAUUUGAAGUUGACCCUAAUCAGGUUGAAAAUGUAAAGCAACGUUGCUUGCCCAAUGCUCUAAACUAUCCCAUGUUGGAGGAGUAUGACUUCAGAAAUGAUAAUGUUAAUCCUGACCUAGACAUGGAGCUGAAGCCUCAAGCACAACCUCGGCCAUAUCAAGAAAAGAGUCUUAGCAAGAUGUUUGGAAAUGGUAGGGCGAGAUCUGGCAUUAUUGUAUUGCCCUGUGGUGCAGGAAAAUCUCUAGUGGGCGUCUCUGCAGCCUGCCGAGUACGAAAGAGCUGCCUUUGUUUGGCAACAAAUGCUGUUUCUGUGGAUCAGUGGGCGUUUCAGUUCAAGUUGUGGUCAACUAUACGAGAUGAGCAAAUAUGUCGUUUCACAUCGGAUAGCAAAGAAAGAUUUCGUGGUAAUGCUGGGGUAGUUGUGACAACAUAUAACAUGGUUGCUUUUGGUGGUAAACGGUCCGAAGAAUCCGAAAAGAUUAUUGAGGAAAUAAGGAACAGAGAAUGGGGAUUGCUCCUCAUGGAUGAGGUGCAUGUGGUUCCUGCUCACAUGUUUAGAAAGGUCAUCAGCAUUACGAAAUCUCAUUGCAAACUUGGGCUAACUGCAACACUCGUGAGAGAGGAUGAAAGGAUAACAGAUCUGAACUUCCUUAUUGGUCCCAAAUUGUAUGAAGCAAAUUGGAUAGAUUUAGUGAAAGGAGGAUUUAUUGCAAAUGUACAGUGUGCUGAAGUGUGGUGUCCAAUGACAAAGGAGUUUUUUGCCGAAUAUCUGAAGAAAGAAAAUUCUAAGAAAAAACAGGCACUCUAUGUGAUGAAUCCUAAUAAGUUCAGGGCUUGCGAGUUUCUUAUCCGGUUUCAUGAACAGCAACGCGGUGAUAAGAUAAUUGUUUUUGCUGACAAUCUUUUUGCACUCACAGAGUAUGCAAUGAAGCUCCGGAAACCUAUGAUUUAUGGUGCUACCAGCCACAUUGAAAGGACAAAAAUUCUUGAGGCUUUCAAAAGAACUCGUGAAGUUAAUACUAUUUUCCUUUCAAAGGUGGGUGAUAAUUCAAUAGAUAUCCCCGAGGCAAAUGUGAUCAUUCAAAUUUCGUCACAUGCGGGUUCAAGACGUCAAGAAGCCCAACGGCUUGGUCGUAUUCUUAGGGCUAAGGGUCGUCUUCAGGAUCGGCUGGCAGGUGGCAAAGAGGAGUAUAAUGCAUUUUUCUAUUCCCUUGUGUCUACAGAUACACAGGAGAUGUACUACUCUACCAAAAGGCAGCAGUUUUUGAUUGAUCAAGGUUAUAGCUUUAAGGUAAUUACAAGCUUGCCGCCACCUGAUUCUGGAGCUGAUUUGAGCUACAAUAGUCGCGAUGAGCAACUUGCACUUCUCACAAAGGUACUGAGUGCUGGUGAUGAUGCGGUUGGUUUAGAGCAGUUAGAAGAUGAUGCGGAUGACAUAGCCCUUCAGAAAGCACGUCGUUCUGCGGGAUCUAUGAGUGCCAUGUCAGGAGCACAUGGGAUGGUUUACAUGGAGUACAACACUGGACGGAAACAUUCUGGGCAGAUGAAAGCAAAGCCCAAGGAUCCAGCUAAGAGACAUGUUCUAUUCAAGAAACGAUAUGUUUAAGAUCAUCCAAGAGAUAUUUUCUAUCUAAAUGUUAUGGCUAAGCAAACUUUCGAACCGUGCAGAAUGGUGAUUUUUUUAUUUUUCACUUUGAUGUCAUAUGAGUAGGGUAAUUGUAAAUUUCUCGACAGAUUACCUGUUUGGUUUACCUUGAAAUAAACAGACUACUGGUAUAUGUAUAUUUGAAAUGGGGACUCUGGUGUACCUCUGUUCUUGGCUGAAGAACACACCGUUGCCCAAUUUUCUACUUUUGUAGGGUUAGGUGCCUCCUGCUUUGGGUGUACUUAAUUGUUAAGAAAAAAAUGAAGCAGUUUGUGAUGUGCAA